GUGCCUGUGUUGGAAUUCAACAGACACUGGAAUGGAAGUCAUACAUGUAGAGAUGCUGAUUUAAGACAAAUCUGCAGUGGUCUUUUUAUCUAUAUAGGAGGACUGCUGAGGCUGGGUAGAGAGAUAGGGGGGCUUAUCUCGCCACUGAACUAUUCCUAGUGACUUUCACUCUAACCACCAAGCACUGCUUUUUAGUCUAAUCUUGAUAUCAGCAUAAUUCACAGUCUGUGUGGCAGGAGUUGGAGUGGGGGGAAUGAGAGUGCUCAGUGUUCACCAAACCCGCAUGCAGUAUGCACAAUGUCCAAAGGCCAUUUCUUAGUAAGCAAAAUCCGGUGUGGUAGAUUAUGCAAUAGCCUCUAUACAUCCAGAUACAUUAUCAAUAUUCUAGGGAUUAGAUUAUCUAUUGACUCAUGAAAGGAAAUGGAGGUUGCCUAGGCCUACUCACAGGGAUAAUGACACAAUGUAGGAAAUAAGAGAUGGUCAAACGAUAAUCAUAUUAUUUUCUCUUCUUUUUUCUUUGAGCAAAAAAAAACAACAUACCGGUUUGUCUUGUUCUAUUCAGAUUUGUUUUCCCGUGCAUUUAUCUCGUUUCAUACCGCUUUUGGGCGAGUUCUCAGGAGGACACGAUCAAUUGUUCCGUUUAUGUGUGCACCGUUGACACGAGGAUGGCCAGCUGUCAAACAUUAACGGCAGGGUAAAGUAAAUAUGACGUUCAGUCCACAUUUUUUGCGGUUGCCUAAAACGCAUACGAGUUGGAUUUCAUUAAUUUGGUCGUUCAUUUUUUCCAACUUUCUUCCGUUUUUAAAAUAUUAAUGAAAAGUUAGGCUAGGCUAUCGUCACUCGCUCACUGGAUAUUAUACGUUUUAUGGGCAUGGGCAUUUACGGAUUGCUACAUUUCAGGGAUCACAAACAUUUCCGCACAUAGGUCCCUCCUGGAUUAAAUGGAACACGGGGACGAGCACCAUGGAAGAAAAGUCCGCUAUUGAAGGGCGUCAUGCGCAGAGGAGCGGGUUAUGGCUUUAAGCAGACUUCUGCUCCUGCUGUUGUGCGUGGUUUCUUCUGAGGUACCCAACGUCCAGACGAGACCAAUCGACUUUGUGUGCGACGCACACGCCAGGAGAAACAUGAACAACAUGAAGGACCUGGAGGUUGCCAUGGUUGGCUGUAGUGGUUCAGACCAACUCCCCUCCUUCCUUCAGCUACCCUGUGUCAGGAUUCUAAAGGCAUCCUGGGAUCACAAAUCUUUACAGCAGAAGCGUGCUGAAGUGAGAGGGGCUCUGGGGGUGUUGUUGGACGGUGUGGGGAGAGUGAGGACACAGACCAAACUCAGCUGUCAGUCAUCUUUGCUGGAGAGACUGGAGCAUGGAAUCACAAACUACCUGCACAUAGUCACCAACCUGGACAUCACGGGUGACUUGACAGACCCAGACCCAGGUUGUCCCAGCCAGCAGAGCCGGAGUCUGACCCAGGUGUUGCAGCUGUACGGCAGGCUGCUCCGGGGGAAGCUGGAGUGGCUCUCCCUGGACCUCAGAGACAGCUGUCUGGACCAGAGAUGAUGACCUUGGAUUUCUUCUACCCCUCGCCGUAAUUAUCAAUGCUGAACUGGAUGAGGAAUCUAGGCUGACCAGAAGACUGCACUAGCACUCCCUGGUGGAGGCUGUCUGUACUACAUGGCAGUGUUUUGCUGCCACCUGGAUUUAUUAAUGGAGGUAGGUCACCUUUUUCUGGUGAUGUAUAGUAUGGUGUUGUACCUGUUGAGGAGUAGGUGGGAUCUGCUAUCAGAAGUAGGCACUGUCAGAGAGAGCAAUACCAAGACCAAAGAGACUGGACCUAUGCUUAUUAGAUAAGACAAUUCUAAAGACUUUUGCCCUGACUUUAAAGUGCCUCUGUGCCAAAUUGGAAGAAGACUUGCUACAUUAUUUUCAAAUGGGAAUUUCAACAGAGUAAAGGUAGCCUAACAUGCAUGGAUUUUCACAGAAAGAAACAUCCAUGGUGGAAAUAUAGUUGGUUAAAAUGGAUUACUACACUGUUUGGAUGAAUGGAAGAGGAAUACUUUUGAAGAACGACUGGUUUGUAAAAGUUUGCGCCAAAAGACUGAAUGAAAAUGUCAAGAGAGGUGUUAUAUUCUAUAUGUAGCUUCUCUCUCUCUGUGAAUAUGAUUGAUAUUAAAGUGUCCUUGUCAACAAAACAUUUUGGACUGUCAUAUUUUGUAUUGGAAUAUUAUUUGCUCAUAUUUCUGUAUUUGCUUAAAAUGUGUAAUGUGCAUGAUAUGGUCUAUUAUAUGGAGUUUUAUUACAAAAUUAUCAUUGAUAAA